AUGGCAGUUAACGAGAGCACGGUGCUAUGGCGCUCGCUAGCCAAAGAUACCGUAGCGUCUGUCACCGGCUCAUCUACUGUGGAACCUGUACGGACAUGGAGACGUGAGCGGAAUAAUGGACAAGUAACGAUGAUGCAAUGCAUGAUUCGGAUUACGACCGUUGCAGGGCUGCUCGUAGCCAUGGCAAUGUACAUUAUCGGCGGGACGACACUGACCUCCACAGCGGUGACCAGAACACAGGAAACAGCGUUUCGGACGUCGGAGCUAUAUGACGAUGAGGCAGAGGAGUUUACAAACAUUUUUUGGACAGAAGACAAUACUUUGGAUGAUGCAGUGCUGUUCCUGCCGGGGUUUGGAAUUCCUUUAGAAAAGCAGUAUGCUGGUUUGGUCGAAGUGAACAGCAUCAAUGCUGGCAAACUCUUUUACUGGUUCUUUGAAACGCGAGCACCCAUGCAGAUUGACGAACUAACACCAUUGCUGUUGUGGCUUAAUCGUGGGCCUGGCGCGUCGUCUAUGACUGGUUUGCUUGCUGAAAUGGGACCUUAUCGACUUACAGAGGAACGGAAGCUGAUACCCCACGAACAUUCGUGGACAAAUAUUGGUCACAUGCUAUUCUUUGAUCAGCCUGUUGGAACUGGCUACUCGUCUGUGCGUGACGAGGCAGGACAUGUGAAUACGCAGGAUGAAGUAGCCGAACAACUUAAUCGCGGUCUCCAAGCGUUUUUUAGGCGCCACCCUGAAUACAGGCACAAUCCGUUGUAUGUUUGCGGAGAAUCCUACGCUGGCAAAUAUGCUUCGUCGAUCGCGCACUACAUUCACACAAAAAACAGUGGUGUACCGGACAAGAAUGACAUUUUCAUUAAUUUGACGGGAGUGGCCAUUGGUAAUGGUGACAUGUGGCCUGUGUUGCAAACUCGCUCCGUACCAGACUUUGCUAUCGCUUUGGGGCUAAUCGAUUCACAGCAGUAUGAAGACGCAAAUGCUCAGAUCAGCGUCUGCGAAGAACUGCACCGCCAAGGUCGCGACGUGGACGCCUUCCACGUAUGCCAGUCUGUCACGCAGAAGAUUUAUGAGGCCGCGGGGAACCCGUUUAUUUAUGACAUUCGCCAAUCAGGCAACACAUUUACGGACCUGAGCACAACACUUUCAAGCUUUUUCAACGACGACGCCGUGCGCCGAGCGCUGAACGUGCCACCAGGUACACCAUGGAGGUCGGUAGAUGGGUCUUCCUACGGCACAUCAGCGUCAGCGCCGGCAGUUGUACGUCAUUUACUACAGGACGAGAUGCUAGACGUGCCCAUCGACGUGUUUCGUGAUCUGCUGGACAAUUACAAGUUUCUUUUCUACGCUGGCAAUAUGGACGGCUCGAUUUGCAACAAUUUAGGCGUAGGUCAAACUAUCGAUCGACUUGCCUGGACAGACACAGCCAAGUAUCGCGUGGCCAAGCGGCAACCUUGGAUAGUAAAUGGUCGCGUCGCGGGACUGGUCAAGGCGGCGGGUAACAUGAGCUACGUGGUGGUGCUGAACUCGGGUCUUUUGGUGCCUAUGGACCAACCCGAGGCUUCACUGGACAUGAUGCGGCGUUUCGUCAACAACGAACCUUUCUAUUUGCCACAGCAAUAG